GCCAAUUAGAGUUUAAAACAUUAUGCGCGCUCCUGGUCGAAACGGAGAAGACUGAGUGAAGUGAAAAAGCGCAAAUAUUUAUCUGUCUGUAAAUUAGUACAUCGUUGAGCAAUAAAUAGCUACACAAUGUCUGAAGAAAAGCCAAAGGAAGGAGUGAAAACUGAAAACGAUCACAUCAACCUAAAGGUUGCAGGUCAAGAUGGGUCAGUAGUCCAGUUCAAAAUUAAAAGGCACACUCCGCUCAGCAAGCUGAUGAAGGCGUAUUGUGAAAGACAGGGUUUGUCAAUUAGACAGAUAAGGUUUAGGUUUGACGGACAGCCGAUUAACGAGACUGACACACCUGCACAGCUUGAGAUGGAAGACGAGGAUACUAUUGAUGUAUUUCAACAACAGACUGGUGGCUCCUCCCACUCGGAGGCUCCUCCCACUCUGAGGCUCCUCCCACUGAGGCUCCUCCCACUCUGGGGCUCAUCUUAAAGGUGUACAGACCCCUCUCCUCCUCUCUGAGAACAGAUACACUUGAAGAGCAGCAUCACUCAAAACAUUUUUUAUUUUCAAUAAUCAUUUAGCGUUAUAAAUAUAUUUUGUUUGAUUGAUCCACUUUCCCCCCCAAGCCCUACAUGUUGUGAGGGGAGGCAGGGAUCUGUUUACAAUGGAAAACCAUGGCGUUAAGAAAGACAGGACUUAAGUGGGUUACAUUCACAUUCUCUACUCACUCGUUCAAUCCCCCUUCAUUCAUUGGUGCAGCAUGACUGAAGGGAGGUUCCACCACUGCCAUACUCCUCACACCAUUCCAUUUAAAUGCAUGAGGUUGAGUGAACGAGUGCAGGGUAGUGAAUUGGGACGUAGCCAUGAUCACAAGCUGGAUUUCAUGCCACCGAACCAUUUCUUGUUUAUAUGAACUAGAACUGUUUUGAGAAUAUGUAUUUGUUUCACACACAGGGGGACCAACUGUCCUUCAGAUUCUGACCCUAAUGGCACCCUAUUCCCUUUAAAGUGCACUACUUUUUGACCGAAAGUCGUGCACUAUAUAGUGAAUAGGAUGCCAUUUGGGAUGUUCCUCAAUCUACCACAGGUUGAGGUAACACAAGGUCCACUGAUCCUUCUGUUUCUCUAGUGACUUGUAUAUUAUUUUUGUUUUUUUUAUUUUAUUUUUUACAUUUUGCUAAAUAUAUGGGCCAAAUGAUCAAUUUUCUCAUUUCACCCUGUAUGGCCAUACGAUUGAAUAGUGCAUGGCUGUGUCUAGACUAAAUGCAAAAUGAACAGAAUUGUGAACAGAAAUGUCUCGGUGAUAUGAUUGAAAAGGGUAAAGUUUUAAGGUCUAUUUUUAACGUCACUUGAAGAAAGGAUUCAACUUACCUUUUCAGAUGGCUUUCUGUUUAUCCCCCUCUCCACACAGACGGAAGGGGAGUAGUUGAGCCGUACUUGGUGGAUUUCUCCAGAAUUUUACCCAUCCCACUGCAUCACUGAUAUUUUAUGACAA